AUGACCCUGCUAUCCACCCCCCCACCCCAAAACUGGACCAUCAAUCCAUUCCCAGACAUCAGGCUCCUCCUGCCCCCAGCCACCACUCUGAGGUGGGAGGGGGCAUCGGAAAAUCCCUCCAUUUGCUUGGGAAGCUCGUCGUCCCUGGCAACGGUCGCUAGGCUGGUCAGCGAGAGGGAGGGAAGGUUCCGCCUGGGGGUGGCGAGAGGCGUGACCAGCCAUGUCCUGGUGAUGCUGCUUAUGGUCGAUCAGCUGUGGUGUGCUAAAGGCGAGAGACGCAGGUUCGGCUGGAGUGCACGGUGGAGCCAUCAGCACCUCCACGUCCCCAUCUCAGAAUCGGAAGCGGAGUCCUAUUUCUCCAGGUUAGACUCCGAGCGGAGGGCCCCGACAAGCUGUAAGGAGGAGAAAGGAGCCCCUCACGAUUACAGCUCCCUCUCGCUAUCUCCCUGGAAAUACAGAAUCUGCACGGACCCUGACCGCUACCCACCGACCAUCAGAGAGGCCGAGUGUCUGCAGAAGAACUGUGUGGUCCCGGGGUUAGAGAGUUCCCCAAAUUUCAGCAUUCGCCUUGACUCUAUCCCACUCUCGCACACCAUCGACGUGUGGUACUGGAGCCGCUCUGGAGGAAGGACCCAGCUCAUCAAGAAGAUUCUCGCUGUCCCCAUUGGAUGUACCUGUGUCAGGCAGAGGCGGCUGAGACACUAACUAGCCACGACACCACAGCUGAUGAACCGAGGC